GCAAUUCUCGCGAGAAUUCGAUUUGUGUCCUUGAUAAGUCCGAAAUGGGGUACUGGGACCUACCGGAAGGUACAGACUGUGUGGAAAAAACAUGGAUUGCUACGAAACUUGGCACGGCUUUAGGUAACUAUCUUUUUUUCUUUUUUUUUUGGAUGACUGAAAUAAUGAGGGAAAUUGUCUUCCUGUUUUCAGCUGCCAUGGGAGCCAUCUUUGGAAUGACAACAUGUCUCAGUGCUCAGGCCCGUGAAGCUCCAGACGACCCGCUGAAUUAUUUUAUCGGCGGCUGUGCCUCGGGGAUUUUUUUGGGAGCACGAACUCACAGUGCUAUAACUGGUACAUCUGCAUGCCUGGGUCUUGGAACACUGGCUUUCUUUACAAAAGUGGGCAAGAUGGAGGGAUGGAAACUUGCUGGACCACCUAAACUAUAAGAGGAAGAUGCCCGGAAGAUUGUUAUAUUGUAAAAAAUACCUAAUGUAAUAAAGAUUUUUGAAAAGGCCAAAAAAA